CUAUUAUCUGCGUUUUUUUCCUUAAAUGUUUUAAAACUCAGUGUUGUUUUCCAUUUCCUUUGCCGUAACACACAAUUUAACAACAAAAGUGAUUAUAAGCAGUAUAAUCCUGUAAAAAUACAGUAAGUGGCUGGCAACCUAGCUGCGGUAUUGUACUUUAGUGUUCUUUAGUGUCCAUUUAGUGCUAUUUAAAACAAUAUUUUUUACUUUUUGAAAAAGUAUAAAUGUGAAUACUUAAGUAUUUGGUAGUACAACUGGAAUACACACUGAUGAUAUCUUAUUCAAUUUGUUACCAGUAACAGAAUUGUGACUAGUUGCAAUUAAUGUAUUAGAUUAAUUGAAGUAGUAGUUGCACAUUUGAAAACGACCAGGCCUACUAGUAACUAUUGGAGUUCUUAAUAGAAAUACUAGUAAAUUAAGGGGGGGAAAAAUUGUUUUAAAGUGUAAUUGUUUAAAUAGCUUGCCAUAUGCGUCGAGGCUCCGAGAGUUUCUGGCAAUCGAACGGAACGUGCACUUCUUGUGAGGUUUGUCUAUACUGAACUUGAGGCACAUCGUGAAUGUCUCCAUCCAGAGUUCUUCCGAGUUUAGCUUAUGUGUAAGCAGGUCUAGCUCAUGCAAAAACGCAUGUAUUUUAAUCCAGUAGCAUAUUAAGAUAUUCUCCAUAACUCACGCAAGCAGCCACCUGAUGGAGGUACCAGCGACUGAAGUGCAUUGAAACAAGGCAUACGAAACAUGCUUUGUGAUUAAACCCAGUGAGAUGCAUCACAUGAGAAGAGCUGAACUACCAGAUCCACCCACAAUCUCAUCUAUCAGGAUUUCAGCCGGCACUAAAUCCAUUCUCAGAGGAUGGUAUGAGCGCCUCUCAUCAUCAUCAUUGCUCUUAUGCAGUACAUUUGGUGUACAUGCAGCCCAAGAAUAAUGGAAGACGGAGAAGUUUCUUACAGUUGCAUGCCCACCACCGUUAACUGUAAAAUGUGGAGACUUUAUUACCAGUCCUGUCCAGCAGUAGUCACAUAAUGGCAUGUAGAGGCGCGUGCUGUUGUGGUCAUGUUAAUGAAGAUAAUGCCAGGUUCAUAAUGUUACUGCUCCUCAUCAUCCUCUAUCUCUUGUGCGGAGCCGCGGUGUUUUCAGCCCUGGAGCAUCCCAAGGAGAAACAGGCGAAGGAAAGGUGGGCACAGAGGUUUGAGCUUUUCAGCCAAAAGUACAAUCUCAACAAAAGUGAUCUGGAGAAGUUCUUGAGACAUUAUGAAGAGGCGAACAUGGCAGGAAUACGGGUGGACACGCUCAGACCACGCUGGGAUUUUACUGGAGCCUUUUAUUUUGUCGGUACUGUCGUUUCCACCAUCGGGUUUGGAAUGACCACACCUGCCACAGUUGGUGGCAAAAUCUUCCUGAUCUUUUAUGGCCUCAUUGGCUGUGCAGCCACCAUUUUAUUUUUCAAUCUGUUCUUGGAAAGAAUAAUAACCGUGUUGGCUUUUGUGCUCAAGUCCUGCCAUGAAGUCCAACGGCGACGCAAAGGAGUUUUACCUCACGACAGCAGACAAGACUCGAGCAAUGCGAGGAUAAAUCGCGAAGACAGUCUUUCAGGAUGGAAGCCCUCGGUGUAUUGUGUGAUGUUGAUUCUUUGCUUGGCAGCAAUAAUCAUUUCUUGUUGUGCUUCGGCCAUGUACUCCUCAAUCGAGGGAUGGGGAUACUUGGAUUCACUGUACUUCUGCUUUGUAGCAUUCAGCACUAUUGGUUUCGGGGAUAUGGUCAGCAGCCAGCGGGCCAAUUACGAGAACCAGACCAUCUACAGAAUCGUCAAUUUUUUCUUCAUUUUAAUGGGCGUUUGCUGCAUUUACUCGCUAUUCAAUGUCAUUUCCAUUGUUAUCAAACAGGUGCUCAACUGGCUCCUGAAAAAGCUUAAGUUACCAUGCCGUAACUGUCCCGGGAGGCCUCUCCGGCCCCGUAGGAAUGCAGUCAUGCCGGGCCAUCUCCGAACACGUGUUCGUAACAUAUCCAUAGACACGGAUGCAGUGAAUGAUAGCGAGACGGAUGGACGCAGGAUGUCUGGAGAGAUGAUCUCCAUGAGAGACUUCCUGGCUGCUAAUAAGGUCAACUUGGCGAUCAUGCAGAAACAAUUGUCUGAGACUGCCAACGGUCAUCCCCGGCCAGGCGGGUCAACAAACAGGCACAACGGAUUCUCUGGUGGCGUCGGAGCCUUGGGCAUAAUGAAUAAUAGGCUUGCAGAAACCAGUGCGGACAGAUAAAUAUUACCUUGACAAACAAACUAUCACAAUGACUUUAUGAAAAAGCCAGAUUGCACUGCCUAUAGUUUAGCUACUGUUACUUUUAUAAUACAGAUGUAGGCUUGUACAUAGUCUCUAAGGUGUUGAAUGCUAGUUGAAAUAUCCAUUGCUGCUCUAAAGGUAAUGAAAAUGGAGAACUGAAGCUCAGGUCUGUUUCUAAGAUUGAGGUGCCGAGAAAGGUUUUGCUGCACCAUCUUUUGAUUCAAACUUUUUUUUCUUUUUUUAUAUGAUUGGAGGAUGUUAUAAUCUGUUUUUUUUUCUGGCCAAACUAGCACUUUAUAUGCCAAAAUAAAAAUAAAACUGCACAGAUGCCAUAUUCGUAGAUCUACAGUUGGGUCUACAAAGUCUAAUCUACAAAGUCUGAGACCACUAGUGUGAAUAUAUAAUUAGCAUUCAUACAUAAAUAUGUUAAACUAUGAGUGUAAGAGCAUUUUGUUAACAUCUGUACUGUACAAAGAGUCACAUGAUCAGUCACACAUUUACUAAUUUGAUUAGUGACCUAGAAAUAGUCCUGAAUCUUAAAGGGUUAGUUCACCCAAAAAUGAAAAAAAUGUAAUUCACCCUCAUGUCAUUCCACAACCGUAAGACACCCGUUUUUCAUCUUCAGAACACAAAUUAAGA